AUGGCCUCCAACCCAACGAUCGCAGCGGCUCUCGACUUGCCAUCCGCUUCGGUCGACAUCCCGAAGGCUCACGGUGUUACUGCUGCCGAACCUGGCUUCGCCGGUGAUGGCAAGCUCGCCUCGUUGCUGACUCCGCCCAACUCCAUUUCCCCGAACCUCCAGGCCGACACCAUGCCUGGCAGCUACCAGUCGGUAGAACCGAUGAACAUCGCGGAGGAGGGACGUGCGCAGGAGCCUGGCGAGUUCGAAGCGGCGAAGGAGGAGGAACAGCAGCCGCCGCCAGCAGCCACGCCGCUCAGCAAAGGCGCCCUGUCCGGGUUGGACGCCUCCGCCGCCAUCACUCCGGCGCUUCUGGCCAAGAACUACCUACCUGGCAUCAUGCUGGGUAACGGUCCAAGGCCGAUUCGCUACGUGAUGGGCGAGCUCACGCAGUCGGUACCCGGCUUCUCGCGCAUCCCACCUGCCAAGGCCCGCCGCCUGGUGGUCUCCGCGCUCGAAGGCCGCCAUGGCGGAGGUCCAGACGGCAACGUCGCCUUCUGCAAGACUGGAUGGGGACGAUGGGACGCGCACAUCAAAGGCUCUUCUCGAGACUCAGGGGUCGGAUCGUUCAACGAUGGCCAUAUGUCGCCACCGCGUAGUGAGCGCAGCAGCUAUGCCAUGUCGAACGGCGACUCCGGUGUGAACAUGCGCGGGCCACGGCUGCCUUCCCGCUAUCGUGAUCAGCGUUCAGGAGGAAGCUGGCAGGAUUCCAGUCUUCGCGAAGAGGAUGAGCUCGAGAUGGAUAUGGAUAUGGACGUCCCUGAAAACGAGGCGGACAAGAUGUCCAUGGACGGCGACGGCUCUGUGGAUGCGGACGACUCUUCGAGCAUGAACGACGACACCGACGAUGACGACUGGGCGGCUGUUGGCCCGGAGGCGUUGCGGAAGGCUUCACUGCCCACUCCCGGCGCUCCGCGGUUCAACUACAACGCCAUCGCGAUUCCAACUAGUAGGCCGUCGAGAAGCUUGAGCCGACGCCCAUCAGGAAUGAGUCAGCGUCAUCUGCACCCUUCUUCACUACCUUACAGCAGCAGCAAUCGGCGAAGCUCAGCGGCGCUCAGCCCAGCGCUCGCAACACCCGAAGAGCGCGCUGCAAUCGCUGCACUCAUGAGCUUGGGCGGAUCUAUGUGA